CCCCGAUGCAAAGAAAAUAGAUAAAAAAAGCAACAUAGAGUGCUUAAUAGAACAAGAACGCAGCCAAAGUGAUUAUGGCAUAGAAGAACUUAAAUACAAGAAAGUUUAUAUCUUUCUAUUGGUCAAAGAAGAGAUCUCGCAAAAAAGCAACAAAGAGAAGAUAUGUAUAGAUAUAGAUUUAGCAGAAACUUCAAAAUCAAAACAUGUGGCAGUAUCAAUAUAUACAGAGAUGGCAGAUAUGAAAAUGAUCACUGAAAAACGCUUAACACCUGAGAAGAGCCAAGCCCAGGCCACAACAGCAGACAAAGCAUUGCAAGAAGGCUGCCAGAUAACAGUAGCCAGAGAUUUUUGUUAG